AUGGCACACAACGUACGUAUAGGUAAGGUCAGUUACUGAAUACAUAUAUACUUAAAUUUAGCUUGAGGACAAGCCCUAGCCUGCGCCUGAGUCUGAGCUUCAGCCUACUCUAAAUAAAACCUUACAUAAGCCGUACCUUAGCUUAUCAUAGCUAACUAGGUAUAAGGAGAGCUGUAGAAACAAUCAAAAACAUUUUAAACUAGUAUUUUUGAGAUUACUUAAUACACAAGCUCUUGCAAAAUCAGUUGAAGUCAAUAAAAACAUAGACAGUUUACCUAGUUUAAAGUAGUCGUUUGCAAUAAAAUUUAAUUAGCUAAAAACGAAAAAAACAGCGUCGAGGUAUCGUUAAAUCGCUUCAAAUUAACGAAAAGUUGAAACGAAUUUCUAAAAACUAAAAGCUUGCAUUCGGGGAUUAAUCAUCUCGUAGCAAGAAGGCUUAACAUUAUUGUUGGUCAUCCGAAAUAAUAGUGUUGUGAGAAGACUCAUCAAUCUUGUAGCUAUGGCUAUAGAUAUAACUCAGGCUCAGGCUCGAGUUCAGGCUCAGGCUCAGGCUCAGGCUCAAGUUCAGGCUCAGGCUCAGACUAAAACAGACUCAGACUCUGACUCAGGCUCAGGAUCACGAUUAGGAUCAGGAUCAGGAUCGGGAUCAUGAUCAAGAUCAAUUUCAGGCUCAGGCUCAGGCUCAGGCUCAGACUCAGACUCAGACUCAGACUCAAACUCAGACUCAGGCUUAGGAUUAGGAUCAAGAUCAAGAUCAAGAUCAGGCUCAGGCCCAAGCUCAGGCUCAGGCUCAGGCUCAGGCUCAGGCUCAGGAACAGGCUUAGGCUCAAGCUCAAGCUCAGUAUCAAGCUCAGGCUCAGGCUCAGGCUCAAGCUCAAGCUCAAGCUCAAGCUUAAGCUUAAGCGAAUCUAAAGAUAAAACCAUAGCUGAAGCUCAAGCUAAGCCUAAUAAACAUGUUUACAUUAUGUUUCAGUAG